GGCAAUAGAACUUUGUUUAUAAUACCAUAAUACGGCCGGUAUGUGGUUUACGAAAUUUAAACAAACAACGUGCAAAAAUAUUUUGUAUUUUAUUUAUUUGAUAACAACUCACUAACCAAAUAUUACACCAACACAUUGUGAACAUUAUAGUAUCCAUUACGACGUCUUUUACAAUGUAUUUAAAUUGUGUAGCUACUAUUAACCUUACUUUUGAAAUUUCAACAUACCGCCUAAUUGGUGACAUUCCAAGUGUUGAAGCUACUGCUCGUUAGUAUUUAUGGCGCGAAAACUAGCAUCAACCUCAUUAACAUUCGUUCUGGAAACUUGCAAACGUCUCGGUAUGGAAGGCUAUGUGGUUACAGUUAGUGGUAAGAAAAGGAGUGUCGUAACUCCAACAAAGUGUUCUCCGACAAAAAAAGCAAACUUUAUGCAAAUCUCGCCCUUGUUAAUGAAAAUAACGACACCAUCAAAUAGACCCUUUCGAGUAUCUGUUGAAGGAAACAUUGGUGCAGGGAAGUCAACAUUUAUUAAGUAUUUCUCUAAAUUUCCGGGUAUUGAAACUUACCAGGAACCAAUUGAAUGGUGGCGAAAUUGUAAUGGUCACAAUUUAUUGGAAUUGCUGUACAGUGACACAAAGAAAUGGUAUUUCACAUUCCAAUCAUAUGUGCAAUUAACAAGGAUACAAACGCAGCUAUCAAAGCCAAAGGAUUCCUUGACAAGAACACAAAUGUUUGAACGUUCUGUUCAAAACAAUCGUUACUGCUUCUUAGAACAGGCUUACCAGAAUGGCAUCAUCCACCCUGCUGACUAUGCAAUAAGUGAUAAAUGGUACAAACAAGUAAUGGCUACAUUUGACCUAACAUUGGACUUGAUAGUGUAUUUAAGAAGCUCUCCAGAAAUAGUUUUUGAAAGAAUGAGGAAAAGAGGGCGGCCAGAAGAGACAGCUGUCCCUUUACAGUACCUCAAAGAGCUCCACGAGGCACAUGAGAAGUGGCUUAUGUCUGAUGAUGUUACAAUCAAUAAUGUUCCUGUUUUAAUAUUGGAUGCUGACAGUACAUUGGAAGAAAUACACGAGAUGUACCACAAAAAUGAAGAUAAAAUAUUGGGGUAUGAUAUUAAAGGACGACCAGUGGAAAAAAAAGAAAAGGAUAAAGUAAGGAGAGUACUUAAGUUGGAUUAAGUUUCUUAUAACAUUUUAAUUUAUAAUUUAUUAAUUGAUUCAUUUUACACUUUUAAAAGGAAAAUAUGAAUUU